AUGAAUGAUUUCACAUUUACGUUUCAGUUAAUAUCAUUAGGAGUCGUUGAAUUUCUUCGUCCACUGGCACUGUUCUAUCAUGCGAUCACAUUGGUACCUCCACCAGAAGCAUUAAAAGAUCCGUCGCUGAACGAAUUCGACCCGCUUUGUCGGUAUCUUGGUCUGCCAAAUCAGUUGAUCGACAUGCUGCGUGGUCCUUGUGUACAACGGCUGUUCGCUCAAUGGAGUCUGCAGCAAACGGUUGUUCCGGUUCCAGAUAUUGUAAAUCAGCCGGUGCUGGAGAAUCGAUUAGUGAAGUUGCCACAGGAUUUUGCUGACCUCAUUAACGAUGCGUCUACUUUCAAAUGUCCUUCUAUACAGAUGGACGAACACGUAUCGUCAAUUCCGACGUUAUGUCUCAAAAUUAAAUUGAACUUAAUUUUUUGUUCAUUUGACAGGAUCCGUGACAGUCAAGUGAUAUUGUUGACUUCACGUGCUCGUGGCUGUUUCCAUGCAGCACCGUACGUUGAUGAAUUCGGAGAAACUGAUUUCGGUUUUAGACGUGGUAAUCCGUUGCAUUUGAAUGAAGAAUUGUACGCAAAAUUGGAACACAUUUGGCUGCAUCAAAGCAUAUGCGAGGAGGUUGUUGAUCAGUAUGAAAUCGAUCAACGAAAUAUUGCGUUUGAGUGGCAACAUUUUUAA